AUGUCUGAAGAAGCUGCCUAUCAAGAGGAUACAGCGGUUCAAAACACUCCAGCUGGUGCUCUAUCACCAGUUGAGUCCGAUUCUAAUUCUGCUCUAUCUACUCCAUCUAACAAAGCUGAGAGAGAUGACAUUAAAGAUUUCGACGAAAACCAUGAAGAAUCUAAUUACGUUGAAAUUCCAAAAAAGCCUGCCUCUGCGUACGUUACAGUCUCCAUCUGUUGUUUAAUGGUUGCUUUUGGUGGUUUCGUUUUCGGUUGGGAUACUGGUACCAUUUCUGGUUUUGUUGCUCAAACCGAUUUUAUCAGAAGAUUUGGUAUGAGACACCACGAUGGUACUUACUAUUUGUCAAAGGUUAGAACCGGUUUAAUUGUCUCUAUUUUCAACAUUGGUUGUGCAAUUGGUGGUAUUAUUCUAGCCAAAUUAGGUGAUAUGUAUGGUCGUAAAAUGGGUUUGAUCGUUGUCGUUGUUAUUUACAUUAUCGGUAUUAUUAUUCAAAUUGCAUCUAUCAACAAGUGGUAUCAAUAUUUCAUUGGUAGAAUUAUCUCAGGGUUAGGUGUCGGUGGUAUCGCUGUCUUAUCUCCUAUGUUAAUUUCUGAGGUUUCUCCAAAGCAUAUUAGAGGUACUUUAGUUUCGUGCUACCAAUUGAUGAUUACCUUGGGUAUUUUCUUGGGUUAUUGUACUAACUAUGGUACUAAGACUUACACCAACUCUGUCCAAUGGAGAGUUCCAUUAGGUCUAGGUUUUGCUUGGGCUUUGUUUAUGAUUGGUGGUAUGACUUUCGUUCCUGAAUCUCCACGUUAUUUGGUUGAAGUCGGUAAAAUUGAAGAAGCAAAACGUUCUAUUGCUCUUUCCAAUAAGGUCAGUGCAGAUGAUCCAGCUGUCAUGGCUGAAGUUGAAGUCGUUCAAGCAACUGUUGAAGCUGAAAAAUUAGCUGGUAAUGCUUCCUGGGGUGAAUUGUUUAAUACUAAGACUAAGAUUUUCCAACGUUUAAUUAUGGGUGCCAUGAUUCAAUCUCUACAACAAUUGACAGGUGAUAACUAUUUCUUCUACUAUGGUACUACAGUUUUCACUGCUGUCGGUUUGGAAGAUUCUUUUGAAACCUCUAUCGUCUUGGGUAUUGUCAACUUCGCCUCCACUUUGGUUGGUAUCUUUUUGGUUGAAAGAUAUGGUCGUCGUAGAUGUUUAUUAUGGGGUGCUGCUUCCAUGGUCGCCUGUAUGGUUGUUUUCGCUUCCGUUGGUGUUACAAGAUUGUGGCCAAAUGGUAAAAAGAACGGUUCUUCCAAGGGUGCUGGUAACUGUAUGAUUGUCUUUACAUGUUUCUACCUGUUCUGUUUCGCAACCACUUGGGCUCCAAUUCCAUUUGUUGUCAACUCUGAAACUUUCCCAUUAAGAGUUAAGUCCAAGUGUAUGGCUAUUGCCCAAGCUUGUAACUGGAUCUGGGGUUUCUUAAUUGGUUUCUUUACUCCAUUUAUUUCUGGUGCCAUUGAUUUCUACUACGGUUAUGUUUUCAUGGGCUGUCUAGUGUUUUCUUACUUCUAUGUCUUUUUCUUUGUUCCAGAAACCAAGGGUUUAACUUUGGAAGAAGUCAACACCUUGUGGGAAGAAGGUGUCUUGCCAUGGAAAUCUCCUUCCUGGAUUCCACCAAACAGAAGAGGUGCUGAUUACAAUGCAAACGACUUAGCAGAGGAUGACCAACCCUUCUUCAAGAAGAUGUUUGGAAGAAAAUAG